AUGACUCUUUUGGUGGCAGUGCUGUUUGGAAUGCUGGCCAGUGCCUCUGAGCAGUGUGAAGGCCCUGAAGGUGAGUGCGAUCAGUCAGAUGCAUCUUUGCUCCAGAGUGCCAUCAAGUCCAAAAUGCCACAGGAAUGGCCCUUGGACGGAUCCACCACCAUUCUAUCAGCCGAACAGACGGCCGAGUACAUGUCAUGGUAUACUGAGGAUCUUCUGCCAAAGUGGCAAAACAAGAAGGAAUCAUCCCUCUGGACCUUGCAGACCACCAUCAGUAUUAAGCAGCCGGCACAGAAGGUCUUUGAUGCCAUUAUGACCUCCAAUAUGUGGCCAGUGUGCUAUCCCAACACCUUGAGUGUCGGCGGAUUCUCGCACACACCCUUCACACCUGAAACACCAAAGGGGAUGAUCUUGGAGAAGUUCUUGUGGGCCGGUGCCAUGUACUCCCUAUUCCGCUACCAGGUGGAGGACUAUGAGCCCCCGACUUUCGCCACCUUUGACGGAGCCAUGAUCUUCACAGUGGGUGAUUUGAUCGCCCAGAACUCCAUCAACACCAUUGGCGGGCGAUUCCAAUACAACUUGACCUCUCUUGGCCCGAACGAGACGAAUUGGACGCGCACGGUGUACUUCUAUCAGGACAAGAGUGCUUCGAUGAUUCAGCAGAUGGAGUUUGCCACCAUGAUGAACACGGUGAUCUUCCCUGCGCAAAAGAAAGGCCGGCCGAGCUUCGCCGAAGCUCGCGGGUUCCCGUGGUUCCCACGCAUUGCGCUGGUGGAAUGGCUACCGCCCGAGCGGAGUUCGGUCUAUGUGGCCGUGGGCGAGUGGAUGUACGCGAAAUCCUAA